GAGCAGCUCGUGUCGUGUGACGUUUCACCAGGAGGCGGAGCUUGGAGCGCUGUUUUGUGGGUAACCUAACCAAACGUGUGUCGUCUUCUCUUCAUAAAAUGAUAUAACUGAGAAGAUAAAAAGAAUUCUCUGACGCGAAUUACGGUUGAUGUUAGUCAUAAUCAAAUCUUUAAAUUACUCUUUUCGUACAAAAUGUGAAAACAAAAUACGCGAAAUUUGUCGUACUCCUCGAUUUGUGUUUAUAGAGAGCGUCACGGUCAAGUAUGGUCUACGUGUCAGAGGGUAAGAUCCAAUGCUUGCAAUGUUACAAUCGUUUGGUGUUAAUGGAAUGUUUUUUUGUGCCAUUGAAGAAAUCUAAUAUGCAAAUACAGACUGCACAACAUAGCUAUGGAAAGAGUGGAAAUUGAAUUUUCUAUAACGAAAUUCAUUAGUGUCAUACAAUAUCUUUGGUGAUUAGGUCGUUGAAUCUCUCUUAAUGGGCACAUAGUAUUUUCUUUGUAUUGUUGUAGAAUUAAAAGUUUAAAUUCAAUUCUUUCAUUGUGUGCGAACUGUACGAAAAACGAUAAAUGUGAGUACUGUUCUCGAGUUAGGAUUGUGCUUCUGAAACAAAGAUGACCAUGUCGUGUCAAUCCAACUGUUCUGGGCUGUUUUAAGUUCGUGCGAAUUUUCAUGAAAUAAGUGUUUGAGGUGCUAGGUUAAUGACGUGUACUAGAGUGACUCGCACAUUCAUGACGCUUUGGGAUUUGCAUGUGAAGUGUACAAACAUACGUUUGUUAAGAGAUGGCGUGGCUUAAAGGACUGGCGGGGAAAGCUGAAGACUUCCUCAAUCAAAUAGACCAAAAUGCCGCUGUCGCCCUUCAGGGUGACAAGAAAAUAUCUAGUUCAAAGGAAACGCUACUAACAGAAGUAACCUGGGAAAGCCAAACACCUAACAGAGAUAUUCUAAGUAAAUCAACAAAUAAUUGGUCUCCUGUAACUCCUGCUACAAUUCCAACUGUUAGAUCCACUCCUAACUUGAAUAAUCUGAGUCCUGCUCGCUCCACACCAAAGAAGCAAAACGAUGAAGAACUUAUAAGUUUUCUCAAUAGCUCUGAACCUAUACCUAAAGUUGAAGUUACUACUCAGAUGCCACAGUCUUUACAACCUGAAGUAAACAUGCACAGUGAAACAGACGGUCACACAUUCGUACCUGUUAAAUUUGAAACCCUGAAUGAAAAGCCAUUAAAUCUUGUAAAUUCAGAAAGUUCCCGAUCUUCUUCAAGAAGAUCAUCUCCCCAGGAAAUUAUAUCUGAUACUGUACCUAUGAAUUCAGUACAACCUACAGCUAUUGUCACAACAGAUAAACCAAAUGGUAUAAUAGCAAGUAAUCAUGUGUCUGACAUCAACACAGAAAAUGAAAUGUUGAGAAAUGAACUGCGCACUCUCAACAAUGAAAUGUCCUUGCUUCUCCAGCGAGCAAAGAGUGCAGAGAGAGAAUGUCAAAACCAGCAAGUGUUGCUUUCUCAACUCCAGGAACGAGCAGAUCUGGUGAAUCAGUUAGAACAAGAACUUCUGACAGCUCGACAACAGUCAAUUGCAUUUCAGGAGAAAUUGCGGUCGCUGCAAGUUGAAAAUGAAAAACUCGUGCAGUCAAACGACAACAAAUCUGGCAAAGAAGCAGACAAAGCUCUGCAGGAAGAAAUGGAGAAAAUAAAAAGUAAACAUAAACAGGAAAUAACUACAAUGGAAAGCCGAAUUGAGAAAAUGAAGGAAGAACUUCAAAAUUAUGAGCAAAAGUUUUUGGAAGUUAAACAACAGUUGUCUCAGAGAGAUAACACAACAGCCUCUUUACAGCAACAACUGGAAAGAGCACGAUCAGAAGCACAAGCAUCUCGAGAAGAACUGGAUCAGUACCGACUUCGAGCUCAGCGCAUACUGCAAGACAAGGAGAAGCUUAUCAAUGAGUUGCGCGGAGAAGGCCAAAAUGCACAAGAUGGACAGGAUGACACGAUAGUUUUGGAACUGCAGCAACUUCGACAAGAACGUGAACUUUUACGCGAAGAGACUGCGCAAACUACUGCACGACUGCAGGCAGUUAGGGAUGAACUGCUAGAGGCUGAGAAACGACUGGAGACAUGCCGAGAACAGGCAGCAGACACACAGCUCAAGCUUCAGGAGAAAUUGGCAGAAGAGAGGAAAAGGCGCCAAGCUGCAGAGGAGGACUGCAAAUCUCAUGGAGAAGAACUGAGGUCAGUGCAAGAUGAACUCUCAAGGCAAAGAACCCUAUUAGCUACUCGUGUACGUGAACGGGAGUUAGAGCUUACACGAUUGCGCACUCAGUUGGCACAGCGACCUACUUCUCCCACAGAUGAUGAAUUGGAAUCCAGACUGCACACACUGACACAGACAUUGCGUAAAAAUGAAGAAAUGAUGACACUUCUUCAGCAGAGACAAGCUGGUGUAAUCAAUGUAAAUGAUACUGAUGAUGCCAAAGCUCAAAUUCCACGAUUCUUUGUUGAGACUCCAUUUGAUACAGGCAUGACCCGAAGAGUGAAACGAGCUUAUUCGUCUCUGGAUGCUGUGAGCAUUCGCACGGGAGUGUUCCUACGACGUUAUCCAUUGGCUCGCAUUCUUGUCCUCUGUUACAUGGUGUUGUUGCAUUUAUGGGUGAUGCUGGUUCUUUUCACAUACACUCCUCAAGCUCAAUGACAGCUGCUUCUGAAGAAUGGCAAAUAGGAUGUUAGAAACAGGAAACAUUAUUUAAUAUUUCUGCAGCUUUUCUGUACAUUGGGCAAUGACUAUUCCUUAUACCAAAAUUACACAAACUAUCAAGUACCUUCAAAGAACAUUAUUUCUCACAUGUUAUAUUUAUGUUGAAAUACUUCUGUUAUUUGAUCAUAUGACAAGAUAUGUGUAUAAUGUAUAUUAUUAUAAUGUAAAUACUUUUUAAGUGAUCUUUUUAAAAUUGUAAUAAGCUUUUGUAGAAUACUGUUCGAAUGAUUCCUCACAUACUUUCUCUCUUCUGAAAGGGUUACAGACCAUUUUUUGUUUAAGUUUCUAAAUGUCUAAGAGUUGAGCAAAUCUAAAAAUAUUAAAAAUACUUCUGAUUUUUAUAUGAAUUUUCGGGGUUUCUGAUGUCUAAAAAUUAUUUUAAAUACAUUAGCCUUUUUGUAAUGGUGACGUUAAUGUCAUUGAAAUUUCAAGUUGUUUGCAUUAUUUUUCCUUUCCAUACCUUUGAAAUUACAAGUGCUUUUGGUCACCUAAAUUCACUUGACAUAGAAGAGCCCUAUAUUACUACCACAUUUGUUUAGGAAAAUGGGUCUAAUUUGUUUGGUAUUUUCCUGUGUUUUUAGGCUCAAAUUAAUAUACAAGUAUCAAUUCUUAAUAAAAUAUUUUAAAGAAUUUAAUCAAAUAUGUAUGCCUUUUUCCCUCGUUAAAUAUGUUUUUUCACCAUUGUGGAUGUAAUAUUGUACUUCUCUAAACUACUAUGUUUCUUAAUAAAAUGUUGUAUCAAUCUCAUUAAAGAUAAUUUCCCUAAAAUAACAUAUCAUGAAAUAAUUUUCUGCUAUAUAUUGAAACCUGAAAUUUAUGGAAGGAGCUCACUGAAAUUAUGGGAUUAAAAAAAAACUUUUAUUUAAUAGUUACAAGUUACAUGAAGCAAAACAGUAGUAUUUUAAGUUCAAAGAGGGAGAGGAGAGGAUGUAUGAUGAGUAAUUUGGCUAGAAUUAAUGGCUUCAUGUAUUCUAAGAAAUAUUUCCUCCUCUUAGCUUGUCUUCCAUAUCCUCUUAAUUUUUCUUUCUUAUGUAGAAAACAAUCAUACAUAACCUCUGCCUCUCCGUCAGUUUUCUAUUAAUUAGAUUUCAGUGUAGCGCUAUAUAUUAUGGUAAAAUGAUGUAUUUCUUCAACAUAUUUUUACUUCCAAAGCUUUUGUAACAAUAAAGCGUUCUGGGAGUUUUUAAAAUAAAGCAUUGUGAGACUGUUACACAAUGAAAUAGAGGCAAGUUAUUUUGCGAGAGGCCAAGCCUAUUUAAAGGAAUAUUUUGGAAAUUUAAAAGUCACAAGUAUCCUAGAAUAGUUAAGUGAAUAGGAAGUAACUUUGUCAUGUCUAAUUUUAUUAAAAUUUGUAUUUGUAUUCAAGAUCUAUGUAAUAAUGUCAGGUUCAAGAGUGUAUUUGUUGGUGAGGAAAAAACUGGAAAGUUUACAGUUGAAAUAUAGUGAAUGUCACUUUUGAGUCACAAGUGUAAGGAUAAUUAGAUAUUCUACUUAAUCAGUAUUGAGCAUGUUUUUCUUGAGAUUAUGAGACUAUGUUCUCAGUGGCUCUGAUGUGUAAAACACAAAUAUCAAAAGAGAGAAAAUGUGAGAGGAAUAAUAAUUCUGUGAUUUGUGCUUUUUGAGGUUGAUCAUAAAAUGUAUAAUACAGUGUUGGAUUGAGUGUAAAUAAGAAUUGUGUUGAAUACUGUACUUUUGUCUACAGAUGCGAACAAAUGGCAGAUGAAAUUUCUUUCUUUUAGUUGAUUAUUCACACUUUUUAUUCAUUCCUGCUUCAUCAGUAGAAACAAAAGAAUACCAGGAUUCAUAUUUACAGAAAGUAUGAAAUGUCCAUUUGUCUCAAGAAUAUUUAUUCAAUUGAUUUAUAAAUUGGGAGUAACAGUCAUCAAAUGAUUAUAUUGUGCCUAUAAUUUUGUAUAAUCAUUUAUUUAUUGUAGUAGAAUGUUUUGUUAAAAGUAUAUCAAUAUAAGUGUGAAAAUAUAUUUUUAAACAUAAGACCAAAACUCCAGAUGUCUUCUUUUGAUACUGUGAUACUAGACUAAACUGAUUGGCAGCACAUUUUUUUGUUUGCUUUUAUCCAUUGUGAAAUAAACAAUUCUAUCAUAAAA